UGUUGUGAGCUCGAGCCUCCGAGCGAGGCGGCCGGAGACGCGGCUGGGAAGGGGAAGGCGGACGGAGAGCGCGCUCGCCAGUCGCGGCCAGGGGAACGUUGUCGUCGGGCCCGCGGGGGACCGCUGUGCCUGAGAGGUAGCGGGGGGCCGCGACUCCGCGGUCCGCCCAAAGGAAGGAGAGAAGGAAGAUCCUUAGCAGACCUUUCUCACGAGCACCUAGCCGGCCGAUGUAACCAUGGUACUAAUCCUGGGUCGCAGACUGAACAGAGAGGAUCUCGGGGUGCGCGAUUCCCCAGCCAUUAAGCGCAAAGUGUUUGAAAUGGACCCAAAAUCUCUCACAGGCCAUGAGUUUUUCGACUUUUCUUCAGGAUCUUCCCACGCAGAAAACAUACUCCAGAUCUUUAAUGAAUUCCGAGACAGUCGCUUGUUCACAGACGUCAUCAUCUGUGUGGAAGGGAAAGAGUUCCCGUGCCACCGGGCCGUCCUCUCGGCCUGUAGCAGCUACUUCCGAGCCAUGUUUUGUAAUGACCACAGAGAAAGCCGCGAGAUGCUGGUGGAGAUCAAUGGCAUUCUGGCGGAAGCGAUGGACUGCUUUCUGCAGUACGUCUACACUGGAAAGGUCAAGAUCACCACUGAGAAUGUCCAGUACCUCUUUGAGACAUCCAGUCUCUUUCAGAUCGGCGCCCUGCGUGACGCCUGUGCCAAGUUCUUGGAGGAACAGCUGGAUCCCUGCAACUGUCUCGGGAUCCAGCGUUUUGCUGACACGCACUCCCUGAAGACGCUCUUCACCAAGUGCAGAAGCUUUGCUCUGCAGACCUUUGAAGAUGUGUCUCAGCACGAAGAAUUCCUGGAGCUCGGUAAGGACGAGCUCAUCGAUUACAUAGGCAGCGACGAGCUGGUGAUCGGCAAGGAAGAGAUGGUCUUUGAGGCUGUCAUGCGCUGGGUGUACCGCGCAGUGGACCUGAGAAGGCCCUUGUUGCAGGAGCUUCUCACCCACGUGAGACUGCCGCUCUUACAUCCCAACUACUUUGUGCAGACCGUUGAAGUGGAUCAACUCAUCCAGAAUUCUCCCGACUGUUACCAGUUACUGCACGAAGCCAGGCGCUACCACAUCCUCGGCAAUGAGAUGAUGUCUCCACGGACGAGGCCACGAAGAUCAACUGGCUUCUCGGAGGUGAUUGUGGUCGUCGGAGGCUGUGAGCGAGUUGGGGGCUUCAAUCUGCCCUAUACUGAGUGCUAUGACCCUGUUACUGGCGAAUGGAAGUCUUUGGCCAAGCUGCCUGAAUUUACCAAAUCCGAAUAUGCAGUGUGUGCUCUGAGGAAUGACAUUCUUGUCUCAGGGGGAAGAAUCAACAGCCGUGAUGUCUGGAUUUAUAACUCACAACUUAACAUCUGGAUCAGAGUUGCCUCUCUCAACAAGGGCAGAUGGCGCCACAAAAUGGCCGUCCUCCUUGGUAAGGUCUACGUUGUUGGAGGCUAUGAUGGUCAGAACAGGCUCAGCAGCGUUGAGUGCUAUGACUCAUUUUCCAAUCGCUGGACAGAAGUGGCCCCUCUCAAAGAAGCCGUGAGCUCCCCAGCCGUGGCCAGCUGCGUGGGCAAGCUGUUUGUGAUCGGUGGGGGACCUGAUGACAAUACCUGCUCAGAUAAGGUUCAGUCUUAUGACCCUGAAACCAACUCUUGGUUACUUCGUGCCACGAUCCCCAUUGCCAAGAGAUGCAUAACAGCCGUGUCCUUAAACAACCUAAUCUAUGUUGCUGGAGGACUCACCAAGACCAUCUACUGUUAUGAUCCGGUGGAAGAUUAUUGGAUGCAUGUACAGAAUACGUUCAGCCGUCAGGAAAACUGCGGCAUGUCUGUGUGUAAUGGCAAAAUCUACAUCCUGGGUGGAAGAAGAGAAAAUGGAGAAGCAACAGACACGAUUCUCUGUUACGAUCCUGCUACUAGCAUCAUCACUGGGGUUGCUGCCAUGCCGCGGCCGGUGUCCUACCACGGCUGCGUGACUAUUCACAGAUACAAUGAAAAGUGCUUAAAACUAUAAAGCCAGGAAGCCAGGGAGAAGCUGCCACCCCCGACGCCUCUUCCACCACCAGUGGGAAUGUUUCCAAAGGCCCCAAACAGACGCUCAAGGUUUCUGGUUUUUGGUUUUUAUAAGUUCUAUGCAAAUGAGAGAGUUCCUGUGCCUCCCUGACUUGGGCCAGGCCCAUUUCCAAACUGUAAAUAGUAAAAUGUCCAAAGCCUUAGGAAUUGUUAGCACCCUUUUUUCUGACUUAUCACAGUGAUCCAGUGUUGUGUUCCCACUCUUAUCCCAAGGGAGGCCUUCGGGGGAGGUGACCUUUACAGGUAUUGGUAGGGCCGUGUAGAUUCUGCGGCAUGUAUCGCCCGCCCUUCUACACAGCGUGGCACCAUUUGUGAAUAGUCUCUUCAUUCUAAGUCUGUUCUCCUUAGACUGUCUGUGCCUAAUUGUGACAUUCAUUCUAGGGGAAAGCUAGCUAUGGCUUCCCUCUUCAGCUUGGCUACGUUGGCUCAGCCAUUGCUUAAAACUUUUCUUUCAGAAAAUCUUGUCACAAGGAAGUAGGUUAAAAGUGAAAAGUUUUAUCAGUGGAAUUUUUUCUCUUUUGUGGAUGGAAAUUUGGUGAUUCUUUCAGUUUGAUAAAUGCCUGAAAUGUACCACCACAGUGGGCGUGAUAAUUUGGGGAGACUCAUAGAGUAAUCCCUGGUGGCCAGAAAUCACAGGCGAAUUCAUUUGGAAAGUAUGAAACCCUCAAAGGAAAAUGGCACGGUGCCUCACAUCAGGGAAAGGCAUAGUGAGUGCUCCUUGGAUUCAACUCACUGCUCCUGGCCCUGGAGAGACCAUGGAGGCCUCUGCACAUGCAUGUAGCUAGAGUAGCUACUCCUUGCUCACGUGGUCAAGAACCGCUUUCAUCUCACAAAUGGGUGCCUUCAUUCGGUGAGGAUCCCGCUUCUGGAUGGGAGAGUCCAGGGAUCUCCGUGGGAUCUUCAUUAGCUACAAAGUAUUGCCAUUCCCACCCAGGGGGGAAAGCUCCUUUUAGAGUUCAGAUUCAGGGACCACCCAUGACCGUGAGUCAUGUUGUCAUAAUGAACUUACAAAAAGGAAUGAAGACCUUUCACCUUGAUUUAAAGGUCUCUGUCCUCUUCACGCAUCCUUUCCACCCAGCAUGGGUCAGAAAUGUCAGCCUCCUCAAAACCCAGGUCCCUUCUUCCAGUGCUUCUUCAUCAGUCUCCCACUAGCUUUCACUGAAGGAGACGUGGUUUCCUUGCGCUUCUGGGACACAGGUAAGGAUCUCUGUUACAAGUUCUGUGUUAAUGUAACAUAGCUUUACAAACUUGAAGUGAUAUGGAGCUGUGUCACAUCCAUGGCAAUACCCAUAGAGCUGUUAGAAAGCAUAGAGUGCAGGACUGUUUCACUUGUCAUUUUCAGGGGGUACAAACCUGCUCUUUCAUACUUGGCUAGAAAUCAAAGCCUGGGCUGCUUCUUACUGUACAAAGGAAACCCUGCAAAUGUAUUAGAGCAAAGACCACCCAAACCCAAACAGAAAGACGUUUCCUUCUCUGGAAGUCUGUGUAGGAUGCUUCUCAGCUCAUAAGAGGCCUUUAAAAGAGGCAUCUGGGAGCACUAGACAUUAAGUGUGAAACAGUGUCUUAGCCCGUUAAAACAGGAAGCAUUGAAGCUGAAACUAGGGGAAAAAUGUGCCCUCCUCUUAGAGCAAAGGAUUUCUGCUUGUACUAAAUGGCUGUAUAAUUUCUUGUGUACAUAAUGUUAUCGAAGAUAGCAGUGCAGGGAUUCAGUUGCAUUUUUAUGUGUAUUUGUAAAUUGGUGCCCAUCUGUAAAUAAAGGCACUUGAUACAGAACUGUUUUUCUUCAGAUAAAUGACUUUUGUGGCCUAGCCUCUUUGUUUUUUGUGAAUGACCUGUUUACUUGGAUUUUGUUACUAUUAUGCAUUCAUUUUAAAACCUGUCUGUGCGCUGACUCUGGUCAUCAACAUGACAUUCUAAGGAACAAGAUCUGCAUCUUAAAGGUAGAGAGAGAUUCAAAUUCCUUGAUCAAUUCCUGAAACUAUAUAGCAUACAAGUCAUUUUCCAAACUAGCUACAGAAAGACCACCAAGAAUUGUGUGUUUUUUUUAAAUCCCGGUUAAUUUAGAUGAAGUUGUUAUUCCUGAUCUAAAGUGACCCAACCGAUUCUUUGAAAUGUCCUAGAAUUAUGUGUUGUCCUCAAUUAAGGAAACUGAUCAGCUAUGGAGAAUUGCUGCCUAUUAGUGUAGGUAUUCAGAAUACCACUUAAUGUCAUUGUACAGUUGAGGGUUUUUUCAUAGCUGUUGCUCAUGUGGACACACACACACACACACACACAGGUACGUGAAGAAUCAUCUUUGGCCAUCUGUCAUGGUCAAAGAAAGGCAGGGAAAUGUAGUGUGGACCCCAGUUAAAUAAAAUGUCAGAGAAUGCAUUACCUCCUAGAAAAUUUUUUUUACUUGCCAAGUGCAAGUUUGAAAUUUUCUUCCAUGUGAAAUAUGUCUGUGUGAAAAGAGGUGAUGACCACCUUUUUAACAGCUACUUGGAGGGUUACAUCUUCCAGGUCAAAGCAGUCAGUGAUUGAGUGCUGUGUUCUGCUUAUUCAGUUGUGCCACCUUAGGGGAGGAAGCUAUGCAGUGAAUUUGUUUUCUGUAUCUGUAGGGAAAACAUCCUUUAAAUGCUGGCUUUCUUCUCUAGGUAGUACAGAGGCAGGGACACGUAUGGGCUUCCUCCUACUAAUGAGACUCAUUAGCUCUUGUUAAGAGUGACUGACUGCCUGGGCCCACUGAAGGGUCCUUCUCUGUUUUCAGGACCCCCUUCCCCGUUGCCUUGAAUGGGCAUAGAACAGCAAUCUUUUGGGUCUCCAAAGGCCUGAAAAAGUUUAAAAGUUCAGAUAUGCCAAGAAUUUGGAGGUUCUUUCACUUUGUUUUUAAGAAAGAAAAAUACUUGGGGAGGAAAUGAAUUUGUCCCCUUUUCUUUGAUCUUGAGCUUUUGCGCUCGUUAGUUACUCUCAGAAAAGUCAGAAUUCUAGGCUUUGAGGCAGAUUGGGAAAGGGGUUUCACCCUGAUGGUGGCUUAACAUUCAGUCUUUCCUCUUGAUGGGUGCGUUCGAUUUUACCAGCAAGCCAUUGCUCACCUGCCAAGCUCUACUGUCAAAUUCCCAGUGAAACUCAGGAAAUGAUGCCAGAAGUUCUUUCACUUUUGGCCGUCUAUGUACCAGGUUUUUUAUAUUGUCUGGAAAUGACAAUAGACAAUAAACAUUUGCUGUGAGGGCCCAGGCUAAGGACUGGGCCCAUGUUGUUGUUUUGUCCUAACUCAUGAGAAAGUAGAGGCCCAGUUGGGGGGGAGGGGGGAGUGGGGGAGUGAGGAAGCAUCUGGAGGCUCAUCUGUGCAAGCGGCAUCUUUUACCUCAGACGAUGUUCUCAAAAGGGGAGAGAAUCUGCCGUCUGUCUUUAGUCUAACAAGAAUCUCCGAUGUCUAUUAAACCUGGGUCAGUUUUUCUUUGUGCAAAGGCACUCUUGAGCAAGAGUUAACAUCACUCGCUCUGUUAGCCUUUAGGGAUGUGUUAGUUUAGAAAUACUUUAAGCCAAGCCAUUGGAAACCAAGUUCUUGUUCAUUCACCUCAUUAGUCCUUUAGUUAAUUAGAUGAUCCAGUAGGUACUGUAAUUAUCAUAGGGGCAGUUUGGCCCAACCAAACUUUGGAAUGUUGGGUGCCAGAGACCACAUGAGCCAGGAGAGUGUGAACCCAUCAAUAAUUCCCCAAAACUAGGAGAAUGGUUUCUCUUUUCUCAUCAUACUUUAGACAGUGUUUUUGAAGUGUGGGGAUUUUUUUUUUGGUAUGAAUGUUUUUCAUUUUGUGUGAUCACCAAGAUACUCUAGUACUGAGGAUGAUCAAGUGAUAAAUGAUGAAAAUGACAUGACAAGUAUGUGGUAACUUAUUUUGCAUUCUUGUUCCAAAGAGACUGUAAGCCCCAGGAGGGCAGGGACUUGGUCAUUUUCAUGUCUGUGUGUCCCCAACACCUAUCGUGGUGCCUUGCACAUAGUAGGCGCUUAAUAAACGUCUGUUAGAAUUGAAUUUUCGAGUUUCAGAAAUAAUUGUGCCUGCAUUUGCUGGAUGUGCCUAAUGUUUUCUAGUAUUGUUUCCAAUACCGUACUCUCAAGCUACACAACAAUUGCUUUAGGUAUUUGUUAUAUUUGUUUCCCAUUUUACAAACAAGGUUCCCCACCUUUUAAUUUGUGUAGUGAAUACUAGGCAAAAUGGGAGAAGAUGAGAACACUUUAAAAUAGUAAUAAUUUAUUUCUUUGAAGCUGUGGCCUGAGGCUUAUUUACCUUUGUACCCUGUGUUUUCCAUAAUCUUCAAAAAUAUUAAUUGGUUGCAUCUUAGUUUCAGGGAUUCAGUUGUAUAUUAAGCAGUAGUAUAACAAUUGCUUGGCAGAAUGUCAUGGGUGGUUUUAUUUCUCUUCUGUCUUCAGACCAAGGUGCUUAUUAUGACACUCAGAUAACCUCCUAACCUGAUAGACUUCAUUUGAAAUACAUUGAGGUUAUACUUGCGAAUCAAGAAAUUACAUCCGCUAAUUUUCUUUUUGCCAUCCCACUAUAAGUUAGCACCGCCCUCCACUAGGGUUUUUCUUCUCGUCCUUCUUGGAAGCUGUUACUUUUUGCCAAUUUAUUUACAGAAAAUUAAAAACUCUGUCGAGCUAAUCCUUUAUCCAAUUGGACACAAGUGCAGCCUCGCCAGGAGUCCGGAGCGGUGACGGCCAUUUAUUGUUGUCAGUUCAGAGUUCCACGUUGACUCCACAUUGAGAAAGAUAACCUUUGUGUUUCAGUGUCUGUAAGGUUCUGUUGUAGCCCAUCAGUACUUGUGUUCUAUUUAAAUGUACUUGCAAAGUUUUCUUCAAAUUCUAAAAAAUGUAAUGUACCUAAUAAAUUUUAUCUUUUAACUUU